CUUUCCGGUGACGCAGGAGGGCGGGGCGGUGCCUGGCUGGCUUCUUUCGCCCGGUCGGGCUGUCGCCGGCGUUGUUCGUGGGAUGGGGAAGGCGCGGUGGCGGCGGCAGAAGCGGGGCUCCCCGGGCGGACUGGCUCCAUUCGGCCGGACACGUAGCCGAGGCGGCCUGCAGCAGGCAAAGGCAAUGGAAGUAAACGGCCAACUUUGCAUCCGGCGCUGGUCGACGAGGCACGUGGCCAAAUGGCUGAAGGAUGAAGGUUUUCGCGAAUACGUGGACAUCUUGUGUGAUAAACACCGGCUGGAUGGGAUUACGCUGCUGACCCUGACCGAAUAUGACUUGCGGUCUCCUCCCCUGGAGAUCAAAAUUCUCGGUGAUAUCAAGAGACUCAUGUUGUCGAUACGCAAGCUGCAGAAGCACCACAUGGAAGUUCUGGAAGAGCUGGGAUACAGCAGCGAUGCCUCCCAUGGCACUCUCUCGCCUGCCAUUUCCCCUCUCCAGGGAACAGACUGGUUUUGUAACGGUGAAGCGCAGCGGGACUGCGACAACUGCGAGCCCGUGGUCGACUUCAGCGCUGAGCAGUACCAGUACACCAAUGGGAAAAACAAACACCCUCCAUGGAGGCUAAACCCAGAGUACUGGAAGACCGCUCUGAGCUGCAUCUACGUCUUCAUUGUGUUUGGCUUCACAUCGUUUGUCAUGGUCAUCGUUCAUGAGCGUGUGCCAGACAUGCAGACGUAUCCACCGCUGCCGGACAUAUUCCUAGACAGUGUUCCCAGGAUUCCCUGGGCUUUUGCCAUGACGGAAGUGUGUGGAGUGAUUCUCUGCUACAUCUGGCUGCUUGUUCUCCUCCUUCACAGACACAGGUCUAUCCUGCUGCGGCGAAUGUGCAGCCUUAUGGGGACCGUUUUUCUGUUGCGCUGCAUUACAAUGUUUGUCACCUCCCUGUCGGUACCAGGCCAACACCUGCAGUGUUCUGGAAAGCUAUACGACAACGUGGGGGCGAAACUUCAGCGAGCCUUUGCCAUCUGGAGCGGGUUUGGCAUGACGCUAACUGGAGUCCAUACCUGCGGGGAUUACAUGUUCAGUGGUCAUACUGUUGUCCUGACGAUGCUGAACUUCUUUGUUACAGAAUAUACACCAAGAAGCUGGAACUUCUUGCACACGCUGUCCUGGGUGCUGAACCUCUUUGGCAUCUUCUUCAUCCUGGCCGCUCAUGAACAUUACUCCAUCGACGUCUUCAUCGCCUUCUACAUCACCACAAGACUCUUUUUGUACUACCACACCUUGGCGAACACGCGGGCCUAUCAGCAGAGCCGCAGGGCCAGGAUCUGGUUUCCAAUGUUUUCGUUUUUCGAAUGCAAUGUCAACGGUACCGUUCCCAACGAGUAUUGCUGGCCCUUUGCAAGGCCAACCCUUCUGAAGAGAUUAAUUGGAUAAAGAGAUGUGGGUUUCUCUGGCCCUCGUGUGAAGUUCUUGGGGACUAGCAGUGUGCUACAAGAACGGCUGGGGAAAGAAGGGGGCUCCUCUGACCCCUGCCACUGUCCUGUUGCAGCCUAAGAUGUUCCCCCCCCAGGCUAAGAGAGGCUUUUCCGUCUUUAAUAAGCCUUGAGAGUGGCUACCCAGAGUAAGGUUCUGUAUUAAAUACAUUAACAGUUAGAUUGCUACUAGCUCCACUUGUUUGUUCAUAAGCCUUCCGCUAAAGGUGCAGGAAUGGCUUUGGACCCAGAUUAACCUCAACUACUACCUAGUUAGUGUUUGUUCUUGUUUCUUUAAGAGGACUAGCUAACGCAAGUGUCAUAGUUCAGCAGUGUUCGCCGAAGGAGAGUGAAGGCGUUGUUUGGGAGGAAGCACGGCCUCUUCAGGAAAGGUGGUCUUUCCCAUUGGCUCGAUGUCUGUGCCUCAAGAGAGGGGCGUGAAAGAAGGGAGGGCAGCCCCCCAGCGCUUAGUACCACCACGGGGACAGCGAGGUGGGGCUUCAUGGAUCUGGAGAAAAUGAUCUUACAGUGUGCUGAUGCCCAGCGGUUUUCCUUGUUUACAUUUCAAUAAAUCUGUUAGAAAUAAAUAUUUUAUCUUUUGACAAUGA